UCCUACUACAGAGGAAUUUGAUGUGAUAAAGCACCAUGGAUCUAAUUUAUAUCCCCGAUGAUGUGUCCAGCUGUACGAAAUUUGGAAAUAAAUCCUGUCCUCCCACCAGUCGCUCUUUUCAGAUCCGCCUGUUAAUGUACUUGGUUAUGACAGCAGCCAUGAUUAUCACCAUCUUUGGAAACUUAGUGAUAAUGAUUUCCAUAUCGCAUUUCAAACAACUCCACUCUCCCACUAACUUCCUGAUCCUCUCCAUGGCAACUACGGACUUCCUGCUGGGUCUUGUCAUCAUGCCUUACAGCAUGGUGAGAUCAGUGGAGAGUUGCUGGUAUUUUGGGGACAGCUUUUGCAAGUUCCAUGCGAGUUUCGACAUGAUGCUAAGCCUGACCUCCAUCUUCCACCUGUGCUCCAUAGCUAUCGAUCGCUUUUACGCUGUGUGCUACCCCUUGCACUACACCAACACCAUGACAGUCUCUACAAUCAAGCGUCUGCUGGCGUUUUGUUGGUCAGCCCCUGCUCUCUUUUCUUUUGGGUUAGUUCUAUCAGAGGCCAACGUUUCUGGUAUGCAGAGCUACAAGAUUCUUGUUGCUUGCUUUCGUUUCUGUGCACUUACAUUCAAUAAGUUUUGGGGGACAAUAUUGUUUACUACCUGCUUCUUCACGCCUGGUUCUGUUAUGGUUGGUAUUUAUGGCAAAAUUUUUAUUGUUUCCAGACGAUAUGCUCGAGUUCUAAGCAAUAUGCCUGAAAACACGAAAGGAGAAGUAAGGAAAAACCUGUCUAAGAAAAAGGACAGGAAAGCAGCCAAGACCCUGGGCAUUGUGAUGGGCGUGUUUCUAGCCUGCUGGUUACCUUGCUUUCUUGCUGUUUUGAUUGAUCCUUACUUAGACUACUCCACUCCCAUAUUAGUGCUUGAUCUUCUGGUGUGGCUCGGGUAUUUCAAUUCUACUUGCAACCCCCUCAUCCAUGGCUUUUUCUAUCCCUGGUUUCGGAAAGCUCUUGAGCAUAUAGUGUCAGGAAAAAUAUUUAGUGUCAACUCAGAAACAGCGAAUCUAUUUCCUGAGGCACACUAGUGAAA